GAGACAAAUAGAGGAAGAAGUGUAUCUACGUUUCUCUCUCCUCCCUUUUUCCCGUCCGCCAUCAUUUUCUACUUCUCAAAAAUCCUCCGUCACCGGGAAAAAAUAGUUAACCGGAACCGAAAAUGAGCGUCAUCGACAUUAUCUUCAGAGUUGAUUCGAUAUGUAAGAAGUACGAAAAGUACGAUGUCGAUAAGCAUGCCGCUAAUGAUUCCUCCGGCGAUGCCUUCGCUCGCCUUUAUUCAUCCUUCGAAUCUCAAAUUGACGCUACUUCUGAGAAAGCAGAGAUGGCUGCUAUGGAAACGAACAGAGCUAAAGCGGUGGCUAUGAAGGCGGAGGUACGACGAACAAAGGCGCGUUUAAUGGAUGAAAUAAAAAAAUUGCAAAAGCUUGCUCAGAAAAAGGUUAAAGGACUAUCCCAAGAGGAACUGGAGACUCGUGGUGAUUUGGUACUUAUGCUAUCGGAGAGAAUUCAGGCAAUACCUGAUGGAAGUACAGAUGCAGCCAAAACAACAGGAGGUCGCGGGACUUUAUCAUUCAACAAAAAUAUAAAAUUUGACUCAGAGGGACAGUUCAACGAGGGUUUCUAUGAGCAAACUGAAGAGGGUACUCACUUUAGAUCAGAGUACGAGAUGCGGAAAAUGAAACAGGAUGAAGGAUUAGAUGUUAUUUCAGAAGGUCUGGACACACUGAAGAAUUUGGCUCGUGAUAUGAACGAGGAAUUGGAUAGGCAAGUUCCUUUGAUGGACGAAAUCGAUACAAAGGUGGAUAAGGCAACCACUGAUAUCAAAAACAAUAAUGUCAGACUCAAGGAUAACAUUAACAAGAUAAGGUCCAGCAAAAACUUCUUUAUCGAUAUAAUACUUCUCUGUAUUCUUCUGGGGAUUAUGGCCUAUCUUUACAAUGUACUAAAGUAAAGUACUGGGAGCUCGAGCUUCAUUUGAUCCUGAUUGAUCUCCCGCGGUCAGGUGUAAGAUUCAUCUACUCCCC